AUGGGGCAACUUCCGUCCUCUCGAGUGACACCUACUCGUCCGUUCGCGCAUUCUGACGUGGAUUACGCUGGCUCUUUCUCCCUGCGAACAUGGCGAGGGCGCGCCGCUCGCCAAUACAAAGGAUACUUGGUGGUGUUCAUCUGUUUCUCCUCCUCCGCGGUGCAUUUGGAACUGGCCACCGACUACACCAUCCAAGGAUUCAUAGCAGCGUACAAGCGGUUCACCGGGCGGCGAGGCCUCUGUUCUACGAUAAACAGCGAUUGCGGAACGAAUCUGGUCGGGGCAGAUGCAGAGCUGCGUCGGUUGUUCAAUUCAUCCUCCCAGGAAAGUGCGGAAAUCGCCUCUCUCUUAGCGAAUGACGGGACCACUUGGAAGUUCAAUCCUCCGGGCGCUCCACACUUUGGCGGCAAAUGGGAGGCUGCCGUCAAAUCGACAAAGUUCCACUUGCGACGUAUCAUUGGCGACGCCGUUCUUACGUAUGAAGAAUUUAAUACUGUACUAAUUCAAAUUGAAUCUAUUAGACCGCUAUAUGCGUUAUCCGAAGACCCUGACGAUCUCGAAGCUCUAACUCCGGCACAUUUUCUUGUCGGUGGGCCUUUAAAUGUAUUACCAGAGCCUGCAUUGCCCGAUGUACCACCCGCCCGACUUUCGAGAUGGCAAUUACUUCGCCAAUUAGUGGAUAGAUUCUGGCAAAGGUGGUCCACGGAAUAUCUACAGCGAAUGCAAGCCCGGAACAAAUGGCAGCAACCUGAGCAGCGAGUCACGACAGGUUCUGUCGUGCUGAUUAUCGACGAACGAUAUCCGCCGGCCAAAUGGCCUCUAGCGCGCAUCAUCGAAACCCAUCCCGGUAAAGACGGUCUCGUCCGUGUCGUCACGAUACGCACCGCCGUGUCGACCUUUAAGCGGCCCAUCCACAAACUGUGUCCGCUUCCGAUUACGGACUGA